UGAAAAAUUUAGUAAAAGACAAGAAUAACAAGAGGGCAAAUACGUCAUUAGAAUAAAACCCUAGUCUCUUCAUUUCGGUGCUCUCAUUUAUAUUCAAUUUCAGUCUCCUUCUUUUCUCCAUAGCUCGCGAUCUGAACGAAGCUCUCUCUUUUGGUCAUCUUCAAGGCUGCAAUCAUGGCUGAUGGACCGCAAUAUCCAUCAGUUGCUCAGAAGUUAGGUGGGCAUUCUUAUUUGGUGUCCAGGCUAAGCUCCAACUCUGGUUACAGGAAUUACUCUACAUCUGGUGCUUUUACUGAUGGAGGAGUGCAUGCUUCUGGUUUGGCGAUUGCGUCACCUCUAUCUUCGUUUACUGUGCCUUCUCCAGCGGAGAAAGGGCCGUCUGCGUUUUUGGUUGAUUUUCUGAUGGGAGGAGUGUCUGCUGCUGUGUCAAAGACAGCUGCUGCUCCUAUUGAACGUGUUAAAUUGCUCAUCCAAAAUCAGGAUGAAAUGCUCAAGAGUGGCAGGUUGUCUGAGCCAUAUAAGGGAAUUGGUGAUUGUUUUGCUCGAACCAUGAAGGAUGAGGGUGUGAUUGCUCUGUGGAGAGGAAAUACUGCUAAUGUCAUCAGAUACUUCCCUACUCAGGCUCUGAACUUUGCUUUUAAGGAUUACUUCAAGAGGCUUUUCAAUUUUAAAAAAGACAGAGAUGGCUACUGGAAGUGGUUUGCUGGGAAUUUAGCAUCUGGUGGGGCUGCUGGGGCUUCCUCACUCUUAUUUGUGUAUUCUUUGGAUUAUGCCCGUACUCGUUUGGCAAAUGACGCUAAGGCUGCUAAGAAGGGUGGUGAGAGGCAAUUCAAUGGAAUGGUUGAUGUUUACAGGAAAACUCUAAAGUCUGAUGGCAUUGCCGGCCUUUAUCGUGGAUUCAACAUCUCGUGUGUUGGAAUUAUUGUGUAUCGUGGUCUUUACUUUGGAAUGUACGAUUCUCUGAAACCAGUUGUUUUGGUUGGUGAUAUGCAGGAUAGUUUCUUUGCUAGUUUCCUUUUGGGAUGGGCCAUCACAAUUGGUGCUGGUCUGGCUUCGUAUCCCAUUGACACCGUGCGUAGAAGGAUGAUGAUGACCUCUGGAGAAGCUGUGAAGUAUAGGAGCUCUUUGCAUGCAUUCCAAACCAUUGUUGCAAAAGAGGGUACUAAAUCUCUUUUCAAAGGUGCUGGUGCAAACAUAUUACGUGCUGUUGCAGGUGCUGGUGUGCUUGCUGGUUAUGACAAGCUGCAGCUGGUUUUGUUUGGAAAGAAAUAUGGUUCUGGCGGCGGCUAAGCGAUGACGAUAACAACUAUCCGGAGUAUAUGGUUCUGUUGGUGGGUAAAUGAUGACGAUAACUUUCUGGAGUCCUUUGUUUGUUUUCUUGUGAUUUGGAUAAUUUUUAAUCAAAAGUGACAAUUAUGUUUUCAGAAUUUAGAGCUUGUCUAUUUUGUGAUUAUAGUUAUCCGAACUUUAAUUUCCUUUGGUUGUUACACAUCAUGAGUUUAUUAUUAUAGUGCAAGUUGCAGUUUGAGACCA